AUGGCAACCUAUCGCGUCUUCCACGUCUACACUCAUGGCGCGCGCGACCACCAAGCAAUCUUCGUCGAGACCCAUGAGAACGGCACCGGCUCGGGCCACACCUAUCACGUCACUGGCAACAUUCUGAUGGGCAUGACAUACGAACACAAGAGUGCAACGCGCCCUGAGGAUCGAGCCGAGUUUCACGAGAAGCGAGACAUCGGUCAUGUGAAGCAGUCCGACUAUGAACGAGUUGAGCUUAUCUGCCGAGGAAUCGCAGUCCCUGGACGUCAGUUGAAUCUCAAAGGACAGAAGCUCGACCCAACGAAACCAGUCAGAAGAUGUGGAGAAUGGGCUGCCGACGCGAUCCAGGAAUUGAGAGAUCAAGGCGUACUAACUGAAUGA